ACAUCAUUGCAGACAUCAUUGCUGCUCACCAAUGUCAAUAAAAAAGCGAAGUCCGAGAAGAGAAAGGCCAGUUUUGACGACCUAUUCAAGGUGUUGCAAACGGAGCCAGAAUGCUACGGAAACGUCAUAAAGCCAAUGAAAAUAACUUUGACACUGCCACUUACCUCAACUAGUGCUGAAAGAGCAUUUUCGAAGUUGAAACUGAUCAAGUCCAGACUAAGGUCAACAAUGAAGCAAGAAAGGCUAGAAAGUCUUAUGCUGAUGUCUGUGGAAGCCGACAUAUUGGAACAGCUUGAUCUGGAAGAGCUUGUAGAAAAAUUUGUAGAUAUGGCUCCAAGAAAAAUGGAUUUAGUUUAA